AUGGAUUAAUCUGACGAGACUGAGGUAUGUUAUCACUACUUCUGUUAGAUAGUACUCUAAGUUUGCGAUCCAAAAGUAUAACCAGGGAUAAAUAAAUACAUUGUAUACACUGUGAAGGGAAUGGAUAAAAAUGGACAAUUUGAUGUUUAGAGAAGAUUUAGUGAUUUUAAGACAAUCAGAUCAUUCCUUUUGACAAAAUGGCCAGGAUGCUAUAUACCACCUGUUCCUCCAAGAAAAGCCUUUGUAAAUAUAUUAUUAAUCUUUAUAGGGCAAUAUGGAAUAAUAAUUUAUUGAUGAAAGAAGGUUGAUGCUCGAAGAUUUUUUAAAGAAAAUAGCAACUCUCAAAUAUUUAUGGUAUUCAGAAGAAUUUUAAAUUUUCUUAAAAACCCCUGGAGAAAUUGAAAAAGUAUUUUUUGACGUCAUACAAGGCUUUGUUAUCUAUUCCUAAAAUAACAAAUGAAGAGAUCAUCAAUAAAUAUCAAGAAUCCUUCUCAGAAUUAUCUGGAGUAAACUAUUAAAAUUAUUCACUUAUAGAAAGAAAUUAAUCGAGAGAUAAUUUCGAAAAUUAAUGAUUUCAAGGCAUAUAUUAAGAAAAUUUAGCCAAUGGUAUAAAAUUUUAAGUAAAUUGCAAAAAAUAUCGCCGAAGCCAAAUCAGCUCAUUAAACAUCCUUAAUUCAUUUCAUAACAAUAUUUGUUCCAGAAUAUGAAAAUAAUGUAUUGUUAGAAUAUGCUGAACAAAAAGAGAAACUAAUAUUUGCAAAUUUAAUCCAAAAUGAAGAAGUCAAAGGCUUAAUUAAUUAGUAUGUAAAGCAAUAUUUUAAUUAUUUAGUGCGACUUAUUGAAAGAUCCUAAGUUUUAAUAACUAUAUUAAGAAGUUAGAAAAGAGGGUAAAUAGUUGAAGGUAAUGAAUAGACAUUAAAUUAAAGGCAUUUCUAGAGACAUUUGAAGAGAGAGAAAAGUAUGAGUAAUAGAAAUCAAAUGCAGAGUAACGUUAAAAAGAGUUAUAAUUGCAAUUAUAAGAAGUUUUAGCAGGAAAGACUACAAUUAGAACAUUAUUUACUACAGGAAAAAAGGAAGAUAAUGUUGCUAAGCUUUAAUAACAAAUUGUUGAUGUAGGAAAAGAAAUUGAGAGCUAUUAAUUUAUCUGCGAUAUUCUAACAGUUCUUGUUGGAUAUGUAGAAAUCGAUAAAUUUAAAGGGGAAAAACAGUAUCAAUAUUACUGCAUGAUUAAGAAUAUUAUUUCUUAUGAAAUUAGUCUAUCAUAAAUUGCAGAAUAGUUUUGGGGUAAAGUUUCAGAAAGUGAAAAUAUGCUACAACAAUAAUGA